AUGUCUCCAUUAGACCAAGAAGAGCAGCUAUAUCUCCAGGAUGUGGAGGCUGUCAAGCAGUGGUGGACUGAUUCGAGAUGGCGAUUCACCAAGCGACCGUUCACGGCCGAACAGAUUGUGCAAAAGCGAGGCACCAUCAAAAUCGAGUACCCCGCCAAUGCACAGGCUAAGAAGUUGUGGAAGCUCGUCGAGGAGCGGUUUGCUACCAAAACGGCUUCUGCCACCUACGGCUGCCUUGAACCGACGAUGCUGACCCAGAUGAACAAAUAUCUCGACACCGUCUACGUCUCUGGCUGGCAAUCCUCCUCUACCGCAUCUUCCACCGACGAGCCUUCGCCCGACUUGGCUGAUUACCCGAUGAACACUGUCCCGAACAAGGUACAGCAUCUGUUCAUGGCUCAGUUAUUCCACGACCGCAAACAACGGGAAGAGCGUCUCACAACACCCAAGGACAAACGUGACUCCGUGGCAAAUGUUGAUUAUCUACGACCCAUCGUCGCGGAUGCCGACACGGGUCAUGGCGGUCUCACCGCAGUGAUGAAACUCACAAAGCUGUUCGUGGAGAAAGGUGCGGCGGGCAUCCACAUUGAAGAUCAAGCUCCUGGCACCAAGAAAUGCGGCCACAUGGCGGGCAAAGUCCUUGUCCCCAUCUCCGAGCACAUCAAUCGUCUGGUGGCCAUUCGCGCCCAGGCCGAUAUCAUGGGCGUCGACUUGCUUGCAAUUGCCCGGACCGACUCGGAAGCCGCCACCCUAAUCACAACGACGAUUGACCACCGGGAUCACUCGUUCAUUCUGGGCAGCACGAACCAGAACCUCCAACCUUUGAAUGAUCUGAUGGUCGCGGCCGAACAGGCAGGCAAAAACGGUGAAGAACUCCAGGCAAUAGAGGACAAGUGGACGGAAGAAGCCGGCAUGAAGUUGUUCGACGAAGCCGUCAUUGACGCCAUCAACGCCGGCGUCCACGUUAACAAGGCCGCCUUGAUCGAAAAGUACAAGGAGGCCUCGAAGGGCAAGUCAAACAACCAAUGUCGAGCCAUCGCCAAGGGCCUGACGGGCGUCGAUAUCUACUGGGACUGGGACGCUCCUCGGACCCGUGAAGGCUACUACAGAUACAAAGGCGGUUGCCAGUGCGCGGUUAACCGAGCGAUCGCCUUUGCGCCCUACGCAGAUCUGAUCUGGAUGGAGAGUAAGAUGCCCGACUUCGCACAAGCGAAGGAAUUUGCCGAUGGCGUGCAUGCCGUGUGGCCGGAGCAGAAACUCGCAUACAAUCUCUCCCCGUCCUUCAAUUGGAAGGCGGCCAUGUCCUCGUCCGACCAAGAGACCUACAUCCAACGUCUCGCCGAGCUGGGCUACUGCUGGCAGUUCAUCACGCUGGCGGGUCUCCAUUCCACGGCCCUGAUCUCCGACACCUUCGCCAAGAACUUUGCCAAGCGCGGCAUGCGUGCCUACGGCGAACUGAUCCAGGAGCCCGAGAUGGCCAACAAGAUCGACGUCGUCACGCAUCAGAAGUGGUCUGGAGCUAACUAUGUAGACAACCUCUUGCGCAUGGUUACGGGAGGGAUUUCCAGCACCUCGGCGAUGGGAGCUGGCGUCACGGAGACGCAAUUCAGUUGA